UAGACCUUCAUGCCUGAGAACGUGUCCUACCAGCCUAUUGAUAUUGAAAAAAAAUAGGUAUAGUCCUCAAUUUGUAUCUGAAGUUGAGAAAGUGAAGAUGGUAUAUGAUAAAAAAAGGUAGAUUGUUUGUAUAAAUAGGUAAUUACAUAAGUAAUCGAACAUGGUUAUUUUUUUUGGCAUUUAAAACAACUUAAUUGAGGUGGAGUGAAGUUUUAAAUUAGGGCGUCUUCUAUUUGAACUAAUGAUUGUGCAUACCCUGUAGGUAUAUUUCUUUUAUACAUUUGAAAGUUUAUCAGGUUCAAACUACGUAGUCCCAGGCUAAACGUACAUAUGUACAUAAGUACGCACUAUAUUUUCAUUGUCAAUUUUAUUUUAUUAAAUUUGUUUCUUAUUGACUCCAAUACAUCAUUAAAUUGUAGUGUUUUCCGGCAUCGAGAUUGAAAACGGCCCAUUUCUCAGACUUUUCGCAGAUAAAAUGGUUGUAGGUUACGUUGUGACCGUGUUAGAGAGAUAAUUGCGUAUUUUUCUGACAAAAUACUAACGACGACAACGCGUGGCGACCUUUAAGGCAAACUUGUAUUUAGAAUUCAAAUUACGUGCAUAAUAAAAAUGCGUUUAUGAACACUUUAGAGUUUCUAAUCUUCAAUACAGUGCCUUAAUUUUAGGAACUUGAACGAAACAAAAAAGAAAAAAAUAAAAUUAGUGGGUUGUUUAUAAAUUCGUAACAUCGCAGUUUAUGGAAGGAAGAUAUGAACACUUCGAGUGCUGAAAAUGUUACGAUUUCCGCCGCUGAUAUUGAUCAGUAUAAGAUAGAUAUUAAAGAGUAUAUUUUCCCAAAGGGUUGGACAUGGCUCAUAAUAUCCCUCCACACUGUAGUAUUUUUGAUCGGUUUUGUCGGCAAUAUCCUCGUUUGUUUAGCGGUUUAUAGGAACCACUGUAUGAGAACGAUAACGAAUUAUUUCAUAGUAAAUUUGGCGGUAGCAGAUUUUCUUGUUAUCGUUUGGUGUUUACCGCCGAGUGUUAUUUGGGAUGUUACUAGCACUUGGUUUCUUGGUAACGAAAUGUGCAAAAUCGUAGUAUAUUUGCAGAAUGUCUCUGUUAUCGUCUCAGUUUUGACUCUGACGUUCAUAUCUCUAGAGAGAUGGUACGCUAUAUGUUUCCCUAUAGAGUUUAAGUCGACCAUGGGUCGAGCUAAAACUGCAAUCGGAAUAAUUUGGUCUUUUGCUUUAUUAUUUGAUGUUCCGGAACUGUUAGUGUACAGAACGGUUCCUGACGAAACUUUACCUUUUAAAACAAUAUUUUUUACCCAAUGCGAACCGAAUUGGUCAACUAGAACCGAUACAAUUUGGACAAUUAUAAAAAUCAUUUUGUUUUACGUAAUUCCCCUUGUAUUAAUGGUCGCAACGUAUUUCCAAAUAAUAAAAGUUUUAUGGACCCCCAAACGUGGGAGUCACAGUACAGAUAUAACAACAAGAAACUCGCCGACUUUCGCAAUGAGAAUCAAUGCUUUAGGUUCGUCUAGACAAAUAUGCUCUAGAAGAAAAGCUUCGAGAAUGCUGGUUGCAGUAGUAAUCAUGUUCGCUAUUUGUUUCUUACCAGUUCAUUUGUUGUGUGUUUUAAGGUUAACGGUUGGUUUAACAAAUAGUGAAACGAAUAGGGCAUUUUCCUUAAUUUCCCAUUGGUUGUGUUAUGCCAAUAGUGCUGUUAAUCCAGUUAUAUAUAAUUUUAUGAGUGGGAAAUUUCGAAAAGAGUUCCGUAGAGCAUUCGCAUGUUGCUUUAGGAAUUCGUCAACUGCAAGAAGACUCGAUAGUGCUCUAACGUACAGAAAUGCGCCAACGAAUGAAGAAAAUGUAGUGUUAUUUUCUAGAUUAUUGCAUCAGACUUCGAAAAGACAUUGUAUUGUUAAUGCGAACGUAAACGAUUGUAAUUCGAGAUUUUGUACAUCGACUGUUUGACUGUUUUAAUAAGACUUUUUAAA